AUGGUUAAAGGAAAAUUUCAGACAUACUUUCCGUUUGAAAAGGAUUCUAUGACAUAUAGCUGCCUACAUUGUCGCGCUCAUCUUGCUCGUCAUGACGAUCUUAUUAGUAAAUCUUUUCAGGGGAGUCAAGGUCGUGCUUACCUAUUUAAUCAGGCUGUAAAUGUUCGCUGUGCUGAAGCUAAACAACGCGUCUUAUUAACUGGAUUACAUUUUGUAGCUGAUAUAUUUUGUGCAUGUUGUGAUACAGCACUUGGUUGGAAGUAUGAACGUGCUUUUGAACCAAGUCAACGAUAUAAAGAAGGCAAAGUAAUUAUUGAGCUAGUACAUUUAUAUAAAGAUAAUAGUUGGGAUGCUGAAUGGUUGUAUCCAUUGUAUCCAGCUACGACUUCUACAACUACCAGUAGUGCUAUUUACACUACUAAUUCGAAUAAAACAAAAGUCACAUCUGUAAAUUGUAAAAAAUCGCAUUCAGUCAGUGUGAGUGAUUAUGAAAGUGGAAAAUUUCAGUCAUCAUCUCUACGGUCUUCACAGAUUCCUGUAUGUAAAUCUUUAUCAUCAACUACUACUGACGGUGGCGGUAUAUUCGAGUCGUCGACAACAGAUUUAAUUGAUGUAAGUGAUUCAUACACAAAUUUCGGUCAUCGUCAACGACAUCAACACCAACAUCAUCAUGCCCAUUCUCAUUCUCAUCAUCCUACAUCACACAGUCAUCAUCACCAUCAUCAUAAGCAUCAUUAUCACCAUUCGAAUUCGUCAUCUAUCUCUUCAUCUACCUCCACAACAGCCUCAUCGUCAUCUUCUGUUCACACACAACAAUCAUCGUAUAACGAUUCAUUAUCAUAUCGUCUGAGUUCAUCGUUGAAUGCAACUGGUUGGGCGUUUCGUAUACCGCCUACAGCAACAUCAUCACAUAAAGGCAGUCAUAGUUAUUGUGAGAGUAGUGGUCAUGGUAACAGAAAUAAUACAUGCUUGUUAGAUUUAUCUGAUUCAGGACGUGUUAGUGAUUAUCAUCGGAAUUCUGCAUCAACAUCAAUAACUGAUAAUAACAAUAAUACUAAUAGUAUGGGACAUUUAAAUCCUGUUUGUUCUAUUGAUAAUAAUAAUAAUAACAAUGAUAGUAUUAAUAAUGACAAUAAUAAUGAUGAUAGUGGUCUUGAAAAUAAUGAUAAUGUUACAUCAGAAAGUGUAUAUACUACUGCAACUGAUAAUAGCUGUAAUCCCAAUACUAGCAAUAAUAAUAAUAACGCCAGUCAAAUCAUCAUAAUGAAUGAUAAUAACAGUGAUAAAAAUUAUAAAGAUCAUGAGAUGUUUACAAAGUCAAAAUCACUCACUCCUAUUAAUACGAAACUGUCUUCUGAAGGUCAGCCAAGUAUUAUAACUAAUACUAACAUCCCUACGGCUAGUACUACUAACAAUAAUAAUAAUAGUAACAAUAAUGGUAGUACAUCUGGAUAUAGUCGACUCGAAGGAAAAUCAUCUGAAAUGUCUACUGUUGACAUGAAUACUGGUAAUAGGAACAAUCGUAUACCAAUGGAUGAUAUAUGCUUAAGAAAAUUAUCUCAGUUUUCAACUCCACAAGCUAGACGAAUUUCAAAAAUUAAUCCAUCAAAUCUACGUGUUACAAUCACAUCUAGUUUAGGUAAACGUGGUCGUAAACGAUCAAGACAUCGACGUCGAGCUUCAUCGGCAUCACCAUCAAGAGAUUUUCUUCUAUCCACUGGCUCUGAAGAUGAAGAAACCGAUGAUAUACCUGAAUUAAGCGAUUUCAGUCAUCAAUCGCACAAUGUUGUACAAGUACAACAAUAA